CUGAAAAAUCCUGAACACCGAACCUUCCGAGCACUAAAUGUAUUACGACAUCGAUUCGGUAAUUUCCUAUGCGGCUGUCUUCGCGACUCCAACAAUUCUGAACUAAAAACGUGAAAUCGAUCGUUUCGAAUCGACGUGUGAAACUCUCGAAAAGUUCCGAGGAAAUUACGAAUUUUGCCAACUUUCGACGUAGCCGGGGACCACAGGCGGUGGCGGUGCGAUCGAUGCGUGAUCCAUCAAUCGGAUCGAGGCGGGCACCCUGUAGAACGACACACCUGCGACAGGACGGUUGAUCGGCGCGGAGGCAGGCGGGUUGUCACGUCGGCUCGAGUCCAGUCGAGUCGAGGCGAGUCGCCUGGUAGUACCUUCCACGGUGGGACAGCCGUGUGUGCAGCGUGGCGCGUGUCGCUAGCAUUGGGCGAGAGUAUGGUUGCCUAUCGGCGGGCAGAUUUCAUGCGGCAGUGACGCGUGUUCGGCGCAUUUUAGUGUUCGAACCGGCGCGACGGGGACGUCGUCGGCUCGUCGGGAUCGUUUCGGUGGCUGAUCUCUGGUGGUUGAAUGCGCGGGUCCGUCGCGUUCAGGGGACCUCGACGAGACCUUUCGGACAGACCGAUGGCUCGUCCCGCCAACCUCGUGCCCGGCAAGGAAAAGGUGUGCGCGGUGUUCGAGCGACAUCGAGUUCUCGGCCGUGCGACAGAAACUCGACGCUGGAACCGAGGCCCGCGGCCCAUGUCGAGACCGAUCAUCGUCCGCUCGUAGUCCGCUCCGAAUAAGCUCGCGAUCCGCUCGCAGUCCGCCCAUAGUCGGCCGUUCGACACGCGAGUUUUCCGCCCGAGCUCGUUCGUCAAUCGGCCUUCGACGCUGCGUAUGGUUUCGUGCACGAACGGUGACACGUUUUCGCCGCACGUCCGAUACAAUGACAACGAUACAAUGAACGUUCCCAUUGUAUCGGGAGACAUCGCCGACGAGGACACCCUGAAACCGCGUUUCAUUCGGUUCCGAGCGGACAAGGCAUAGAGGCGAAACGAUGCGGCUGCGGGACCGAGUACUAUGUUGAAGUGGACUUGUUACGCGCCUCUGUCGAAGAAUCGCGCGUCCCCGACGAGCCUUCCACUGGACGGACGGGAGAAGAGGAGGACGGACUGUGGAAAUGCGUCGUCGUCGUCGUCGUCGUCGUCUUCGUCGUCUUCGUCCUCGUCCUCGUCGUCGCAGCCGCCAUCGCCAUUUUCGCGCAUCGAUAAACCGUCUCGAUCGGAGGACCUAGAGAUUAUCCGAGAAUCCUCGUCGACGAGAAAAUCUCUGGGGGGCUCCGAUCCACGGGUUGCCACUUGCCGGGGAAAAUUGCAGAAUAAACGAAGCAAGCUCAACCAGGAGAUCAACAAGGAGCUGCGGCUUCGAGCUGGCGCGGAAAAUCUGUUCAAGGCGACUACAAACAGGAAGCUCCGGGAAACCGUGGCUCUGGAGCUGAGCUUCGUGAACUCGAACCUGCAGCUGUUGAAGGAGCAGCUCGCCGAGCUGAAUAGCUCGGUGGAACUCUACCAGAAUGUCGACAGCGUGGAACCCGCGAUGCCGAUGAUACCCCUGGGACUAAAGGAAACCAAAGAUAUCGACUUCCGGGAUCCGUUCAAGGACUUCAUUCUCGAGCACUAUAGCGAAGAUGGAGGAAAAUACGAGGAAGCCAUCGCGGAUCUCAUGGAGACCAGACAGGCAACUCGAACACCAACGAGGGACACAGCUGGCAUCGCACUGUUGCUCCGCUAUUACAACCAACUGUACUUCGUCGAGCGACGAUUCUUCCCACCUGAUCGCAGCUUGGGGAUCUAUUUCGAGUGGUUCGAUUCCCUGACAGGAGUACCAAGCUGUCAGCGAACGGUCGCGUUCGAGAAGGCCUCGGUGCUUUUCAAUGCCGGAGCGUUGUACACCCAGCUGGCAGCGAAGCAGGAUCGUCGAUCGGCCAGGGGCUUGGAUCAGGCGAUCGACGCAUUUCUCAGGGCCGCUGGUACCUUCCGCUACAUUCAUGAGAACUUCACGAACGCCCCGAGCAUGGACCUUGGACCGGAUAUGCUCGAGAUGCUUGUCCAAUUGAUGCUGGCCCAAGCGAGAGAGUGCUUGUUCGAGAAGCUGGAGCUACAAUCUGCCGAGGGGAGGAACGUGGACGUUUCCUUGGACCUGGCGCAGGAAGCGUCGCAGGUAGCUGCGGUCUACAAUGACGUCCACGGGCUGAUUUCACGGGAGCCAGUCCGAGACUACGUUCCAGAAACCUGGAUCUCGCUGAUCCUGGUGAAACGUGAACAUCACCUGGCACUAGCUCACAAGCAUCUUGCGCUUGGCCUGUUCGAACGGCCGAUAGCCGAGUGGCGAGCGGAGACGAAGAUCGCGCUCGAACACGCUCAGAAAAGCGACGGCAAAACACAGCUGGACGCCAGCAUACCGCGCGACGAAAACGAAAGGAAAAUACUAGGUAAAGCGCAUCUCAGAGAGGCGUUGGUCCUCCACGAAGAGAGCCAGAGGUUGCAAAGGAUGUGCAGAGACCUGAAAGCGAAGCAAGCGCUCGCCAAAGUUUUGAAAGCGGUGCAGGAGUCUACUGUCGAGAGCUAUAACGGCAUUGGAGACGAAGAGGACUUCCGGGGACUGCUGGAUCCUCCAGAUAUCGUCGCCUCCACCAAAUUUCAACUGAAUAUCACGCAUCCGGAUUUCGGGCAGCAUGGUGUGGACGACCUGUUCAGAUCACUGGGCCCUGUAGCCAUAUUUUCGGCCAAGAGGCACUGGACCGCUCCGCGACUGAUACAACUUCAAAGAGGCCCGGAUGGGGAAGGAUUCGGCUUCAGCGUCCGGGGCGAUGCUCCCGUAAUCGUAGCGGCCGUCGAUCACAAUUCCCUGGCCGAUUUGGGCGGAAUGAAAGAGGGUGAUUUUAUAGUCGGCAUCGGCGACAAAGACGUCAAGUGGGCGUCCCACGACCAAGUCGUGCAUCUGAUCAAACAGUCGGGCGACUUCAUCAACUUGAAGCUCGUCACGCCGAUGGACAGAAACUAUUUGAAGGUGAGCAACAGUGACCACUGCCCCGAGGACGUCACCCGACUAACGAGUCUUACUCGUUCCAGAGGCCGGGCAAGGCCAAUCAACAGGACAAGGGAAGCGUUUCCGCGAGCAGCUCUUCCGGUGUCUCCUCCGGCCAGCCGAGCCCCGCUGGCUCCGUCACUACCGCCCACGUGGCUAAAAAGUUACCGUGGAACCCGUUCAAAAAGUCGAGCGCGCAACGCGACAGCCGAGAUCUGACGUUCGACAACGUGAUCCUCAGAUGAUUCCGUCGAUCGUCGCGAUCCCCGUGUCCGGGAGAACGGCAUGAAACGGGAUAGCUGAGAAGCGAGCAGAGACGCGAGCGUUGCUUCUCCUCCCUUCGUCGCAGCAACCCGUUCAUGCCGUUCAACGAUUCCCAAAUAUAUACAUAGAUGCGCGCGUAUUGUACAGAAACUGAUCGCACGUUCUGUCUCCCGAGGCUAUAUCCGUAGUGACAUAACCAUUGGACUCUCGAUGUUUCGCCCAGAACAGUCGAAUAGACACGAUCGUCGGUCACGUCCAACGAAUCGCCUCGUCCCCAUUUCGUCCGACGUUAUUUUCCACGUUGUAUUGCUAAUUACAUGUUGUUCAAAAGGAAA